GUAAUACACAAGGCAGGGCCGCUGAUAUUAAAUAAAUAAAUGACGGUUGAAUAAUGACACGAUAUUGUUAUAACGUCCGUCGUCUGGCCUGCGUUACGACAACUCAACUUGUGUUGCCAUGCCGUAAAACACUUUUGUCCGACCUGCCAGUGAAGACAGACAGAAGGCCUUAAAGCUUAUAAAUUUAUAGACGAUGAAAGCAGGGUUAUCGAAACGCACUUUCAUUUCAUAGACAGUAUUAUAGUCUUUCUCACGAUGAUCAUAGAGAAUGUUGAAGCCUUGAAGUCGUGGCUGGCAAAACUCCUGGAGCCAAUAUGUGAUGCUGACCCGUCUGCAUUAGCCAACUAUGUGGUGGCUCUUGUGAAGAAGGACAAACCGGAGAAAGAGCUGAAAGCACUUUGUGCCGAUCAGCUUGAUGUCUUCUUACAAAAAGAGACAACAGGAUUUGUCGAUAAACUUUUUGAAUGUCUGACAACUAAGAACUACCUGGGAAAUCCCGCUGCCAAGGAAGUCCCUAAAGAAGAAGUCAAACCACCUGCAGUGAAAUCUGAUGUUGUGGAGGCUGAAACUCCAGAGGAGGAGAGGGAAAACAGGCGGAGAAGAAGUCCUCUGAGGAACUUCAACGAGUCCAGGAGCCGCGAUGACAGGAGGCGAGAUGAGCGCAAGCGCCGCGACUUUGAUCGGCACGGGAAAAGUGGCAGUGACUCCCACCGCGAGCGGGAGCGUCACGAGCGCCGCAGGGGCAGCCCCCGUGGGAGGAGCUACAGCCGGAGCCGAAGCCGCAGCAGGAGCAGGAGUGGCAGCCGAGGAAAGAGCAGGGACAGGGAGCACAGAGGAGGCAGAGACUUCAAAUCAAAGUUUGAGUUAGAAAGGAAGGAUACAGACUGCUACAACUCCACCAACACAUCCAGCUCCCAGCAGCAGCACCCAUCACCUCUCCUGCCCCUGCCCACGCCUCCGCACCCCUUUUCCUCCUCGUCAUCCGCCGGAGUCUCGGGAGCUGGAGGUGUUCCCGUAGCAACACCGGCUCACCUGCCCGAUAGCACCACAGACAGCUGGUCCGGCUACUAUGGCACCCAGAGGCAAGAUGGUGUUGGCAAGCCGUUCAGCAACAAGAGUGCUUCGCUCAAACAGCGCUGCAGGGACUACGAUGAAAAGGGAUUUUGUGUUCGUGGUGACCUUUGUCCAUUCGACCACGGCAACGACCCUCUCAUCGUCGAUGAUGUCAACCUACCAAACAUGAUUCCGUUCCCUCCCCCGCCUGUUAUGCCCCCCACCGGCCUGCCUAUGCCUCCGAUCACUGAGCCCCCUCCUCCGCUCAGGAUGCCGGCGAUGCCACCCUAUGGCCAGCCACCACCACCGGGCGUCUUCCCCAUGACUGGACCCCCACUGAUAGCAACCAGUGGGAUUGACACCCCCAACCACCAAACGGCGAUCACUUCUUCUCCUCCUAUCGGACCGCCGGGUGUGGGGCUGCCACCUACUCUUCCUCCUCCUCCUCUUCCACCUCCUCCCUCCUCGUCCUCAUCUGUGUCUCUUCGUCCCCAAUAUGUCCAGUCUGAAUAUAACUAUGAUCCAGAGGGCUAUAACCCAGAAUCGCCUGGCCUGACUGCAGCAGGUCGCAACCCAUACCGGCAGUUCAUCCCUCGGGUGCAGACCCAGCGCUCCAACCUUAUCGGCCUCACCUCCAGUGAAGGACAAGGCUCGAGAGCUGCCAACAUAGUGAUCCAGACAGAGCCUGCCACUGCAGCCAGCACUCCUGGAACUAAUGUGUCCCGUUUUAACACGGAGCAGGACAGCAGGAAGAGAACAAUGGGACCAAGUACAGCUGAGGGACCGGCAGCUAAAAAGACCUGGAUGGAGAAGCCAGGCUUUAACAACCAACACAAGAACACUUUUCCCAAGAGGUAUCACUAUGUGAACACCAAGUUGGAGGUGCGCAAGAUCCCGCGUGAGCUCAACAACAUUACCAAGCUCAACGAGCACUUCAGCAAGUUUGGAACCAUCGUCAACAUCCAGGUUGUGUUUGGAGGAGACCCAGAGGCAGCGUUGAUCCAGUACACAAAGAACGAAGAGGCCAGACGGGCCAUAUCCAGCACCGAGGCAGUCCUCAACAACCGCUUCAUCCGUGUGUACUGGCACCGCGAGCCUGGCACCAACGCCACAGGGCUUCAGCAGCAGGAGCAGAGCUCAGGGAGCCAGGCUGCCGGGAUCACGCCCAGCCAGGGGCCGCAGCACGGCAACAUGCAUAAGGGGAUCAAGCAGCACAAUCCAGCAGCAUACGUGUUGAACAAGACUGUACCCAAGCAUCGCGUGCCAGCAGCGCCUGGGGUCACAGUUACAACUAAGCCGGACAGCCUGAACCCAAACACAGACAUGGUCACUGUGGCGCCUGCACUGACAAACACCCAGAAGGGUCCCUACACUUCCACAGCCCUCAAGUCAUCCUCAAAGAGCCUUGGGAAAACGGGAAAAGCACUAGAAGCACAGGAAGUCCUCAAGAAGAAACAGGAGGCGUUAAAACUCCAGCAGGACAUGAGGAAGAAGAAGCAAGAGAUGCUAAAGACACAGAUUGAGUGUCAGAAGGCCUUGAUAAACCGCCUGGAAAAGAACAGAGGGAUGAAACCCGAGGAGAGAGCCAACAUCAUGAAGACCCUGAAGGAGCUGACGGAGAAGAUCGCACAGCUGCAGAAUGAAAUGAACCCUGCCUCCCAGGUCUCCAGUGCCAAAACCAACCACAACCAGUCCAAGACCAAGACUGAUGCCCAGAAGGAACUGCUAGAUGCUGAGCUGGACUUUCACAAGAAGAUGAGCUCCGGAGAGGAUACAACAGACCUUAAGAGAAAAUUGGGACAGUUACAGGUGGAGGCGACUCGGUUGGGUUUGAUCAGGUCCCCAGCGGGUAGAGGUCGGGGCCGAGGGAAGAUGGCACUGGAGCCUGGUUCGAUGCACAUGGGUCGCGGCAGGGGCCGAAGCCGGGAGAUGAUGGCUCGAGGCGGGACUGUAAACCGCAUGGUGGUUGACCACAGACCCAGAGCUCUGGCUAUUCUGGGGGUCACACAGGAGGAGAAGGAAGAACUAAUGCCGCACUUUGUGAAAUUUGGGGAGAUUGAGGAUGUCCGCGACCAAGACGCCAACAGUGUCGUCAUGACCUUUAAGACGCGAAGCGAAGCAGAGAAUGCUGCUAACCAGGGAGCUAAGUUCAAAGGUCGUGUGCUGCAGAUUUCCUGGUACAAGCCCAAGACGCCCUCCAUAACAACAGAGCCAGAGGAGGAGGAGGCUAAAGAUGAGGACAAUACGAAGGAAGCUAGCUCUUAUUUACCUGGUGAGGAGGAGGAAGAGGAGGAGGAAGAAGACGACGAUGAAGACGACGAGUACGAAAGCCGAUCCUGGAGACGAUGAAGGCAUUGUGAUUCGUCGCGACCUACUCCCCAGCAGAAUCCAUCGUUACUUUAUCCCCCCCUGUGCAGAUAAAAUCAACACAACGAAACUCACCUUUUUUUUCCUUUCCAGUAUUUCAAACUAAGUAAUUUUAGACUCUAAUCAAAGUAAAUCGUCUUUACUGUACAUCACAAGAAGUCUAGAGGGCCGACAGUUUUUGUGUCCCUCGGUUAUUUAAAACAUCUCACUUUUGCUGAGAAGGAUAAAUGUUAAGUUGUUCUUAUAGAUAGAAAAACCUAUGUAAGUUUCAGUGUGCAUACCAGAUGAUUAAUAUCAGUAAUGCACAACAUUUGUGUCUACUGUGAAUAGUAUUUUUAUACAUACUGUAUUUAAGCUCUUUUCUCACCAAUUUUUUGAAAAAUCUUGUCCUUAGUUUAGAGACAGCCAUUCCUCCACCCAUAGAACUUUCUCUGUUGCUACCAGAGAGAUAUUUAUUUAUUUUUCCACUGCGUAAAUGCACUGUGCCGUACCUAUAUUGGCACAGUAUGGUAUGGUUCUCCAUUUCACUUUGUUCACUUUGUUUUGCUGUGGUUAAGCCCCAACGUGUUUAAAGAUCCAAAUAUUUUUGACAGUGACUCACUGCUGGCAUGAUUACAUGCUAGUUUGCAUGUUCUAUAUAAACAGAGCCACCCCUGCCCAGCACCCACAGGUGCUGACACUGUACCAUACCCAUAUUAGAGCCAGUGCAGGUACAGAAGGAUGCCAGUGCAAUAGAUAAAUCUAACCUAUGUUUACAAAUUGCCGUGUCCAUGCACGUCAGAUACAGUCUUGUAGUAAAUAUUAAAACUUUCCCCGCGUGUGUUUUGUUGCUCACUAAAUGUCCAGUGCCACUCUGUGUAAAUACAAACACCCACACAGGUGUUCUAGAUUUUCUAAGAGUGUGUAACAUUUUUCCACUUGUUUUAUUCUGUCUCCUGGUCGUCUAAAGGGCCUGACAGGACAAGGAUCACAUCACCCAUUUGAAAAAAAAAAAAAAAUGUGAGAUCCAUAGACAGGUGUUUGAAUGUAAUACUGAACAGUUGAUUUUAA